CCCGCCCCCUCAGCGCACUCUCGGGAACGCGGUUGCACUAUUCGACUCAAUUUCGUUAUCAUCCGUUGUCAUUUUACUCUUAUGUGCAACGGACUUUUCUCUUAUGUUCACAUCUAUUUGUGUGAAGAUGACUAGCUUGAAGGCGUUUAAGGAGCCAUUCGAUAGAAUAAUCUCUGAACCAGUGGAGGACACAGAUACUAGUAGCUUCAUGGCAGAAAUGUCCUUGAAGUCCAACUAUCCAGUCCAAGUCACAGAACCUCAAGAUGCAGUGACACUGCAGCUGAGGUCCAUGCCACCUGGCUACCUCACACCUCCCUCAGGCAGAAUAAGACAGCCAGUAGAAGUUGGUGUGGAGUGCAUCUGCACAGGCUCCAUCUUACAAGACUUCCCCAAGGAGCUGCAGUUCUUGAACAACCCCUGUGAGAAGUGCUGUUGCUCAGCUCCACCUCCAAAGAUCAGUGACCUGAUGGAUGACAAGGACUUGCUGGACUUACUGCGUCUUAAACUGGACCCAAAUCAUUGCACUGUUAAGAACUGGAAGAACUUUGCGAGCCGUUGGGGUAUGAGCUAUGAUGAGCUGACUCUGCUGGAGCACCGGACCCAGGGCUCAAUGUGCCACAGCCCCACACAAGAGUUCCUGCUGCGCAACAACCACAAGACCGUCACUGAGCUCACCGAACUUUGCCGGGUGUACCAGCGCAUUGAUGUACUGCGGCUUCUGCAACGCUGGAUGGAUAACGACUGGCCCUCACGCUGGCAAAAUGCUCAUUAACCACUUGCCCCAACCCCUGAAAAUCCCUCAGAAAUUAUGCAUAUUACUUUUUACAUUUUGCUAUACACUUUAUUGAAUUAGCAACAGGGACUUGGACCAUUUUUUUCUUUAACAGAAGCCCAUUUAUUUAACAUCCAGUGGUUCAAGGAUUUUGGUUGAGUUGGUGUGCAAAAGACCGGUGGAUCACAUUUUAUGACUCCUGCGGAGUUGAGGACUUAAUAGGACUGAUUUCCAUUGUGUACUCUUUACCAAUAAUGUAGUUCUGAGCAUCUCAACCACCUCAUUAUUUUAUUUUUCAAAGGUCCCGCAACCUCAGAAUUGCUGUGUGUCCAAUAGUGAUGGGUUGUUCGCGAACAAACGGCUCUUUAUGAACAGAUCCUUUUUGGUGAACUUCAGGAAACAAAUCGCAUCGUUGAAAGAGACGUUCAUUUGGCUCCCUGAUUUGCAUACUGCUACUAUGCAAAUAUAACGUGUACAUUCUGGUCCACAUUCAUUUUUGCAGUGCGUUAAAAAUGAACACCAUUUUUCUGGGACCGAUCUAAUAAUUUGACCACGUAAACAUUUGUUUGAACACGUAUUUCAUGAUCUGACAUAAUGGUAGCCUAUCUUUUGGGCUUUACGUUGGAGAUUGGAAAUCAUGGUUCUAGGUCAAUCUUAAGUGGAGCUGUGCUAACCAACAUGGCAUAUCAAGAAGUGGAAAAGAGCGAAGAUUUAAAUGGUGAACUGUUAGUACAUUUUUACUUAUUAGAACAGUCACCAUAGUAAUGCCAGACAAUAAUAAUUAAUCUAGUAUACAGUGCCUUGCGAAAGUAUCCGGCCCCCUUGAACUUUGCGACCUUUUGCCACAUUUCAGGCUUCAAACAUAAAGAUAUAAAACUGUAUUUUUUUGUGAAGAAUCAACAAC